ACAAGAUGAUAAGACCCUUCCAAUGACCUUACGGCCACCGCAACUUUCGUUGACGAGCUCGCCCUGUAGUCGAGACCUAAGUCGACCCAUAUCCAAGAGUAACCAAAAUAUUUGGACGUAUUCCAUAUCAACACACGUGAUGGCUCCAAUCGUGUUCAACAGACCUAUAUCGCGGACUCCUGACUCGGUAAUGGGAGAGGUGGUUGACAACAUCUGCCAACAAUGGGACAUCGACGAUGCGUGGCAAGCACUUCCCAAUGGUCUGAGCUACAAUCAUGCUGAGUACGCCAUGGCAUGGGGCCAGCCAUUCUUGAUUCUUCUUUCAGCCCUGGCAAGCCUUACACCGGGAAAGCUCGAAGAAGUACAAAAACGUCUUCGUAAGCGGAUCGAUCACGGUCGAAAGACGAAAGGCCGGCACUCGUGGGUGAUGCCAGAUGAUCUCAAGACGCUGGUUGAAUUCUAUGGACGCAAACAACCCACAGCUGAUAGAUCCGCCAACAAGGGACAGAAAAGUGACUUUCGACAUAGAGUAGGACAAGAAGAGGAGCAGCCAGAAGGAGAAUUAGCAGACAAUGAGCAUGAAAUUCGGGAGCGGUAUAUGUCAGACAGUACUUUACAGACCAGUGACGCCAUUGGAGGAAUUGCAGCGUCGAAUGAUGAUCGGGGUGGAGAAUAUACUCUACCGUCUCGUAAGAGUUCGUCUCAUACUGCAACCUCCACUACACUUGCCCGUAGUGAGAAGCGCAAGGGAGGCCAGGACUCCAACGAGCAAGACAUCGGCAAGGCACUGCAGGCACGAGACGAUAUCGAAUUCUGGCGGGAAGCUGUCCCAGUAGCGGAAAACCUGAGGACUGUGGCCGUGGAACAAGGAUUUGAGAUUCCACCAGAGUUCACACCGAAACAAAAGAUUGAGCUAUUACGUAUCUUGAGGCGACGUAAUCGAAGCCUCGUGAGGGUUGCCGAGCUUGACUUUCGAAUACGAUUGGAAGAGAUGAAGCUUGCAUAG